AUGGUGCGUUACCAGCAACUCGAGCGCGAUCCAGCGACGCGAGAUCUCUUCAAGAACAGAGUCACGACACUGGAAGGGUUUCACGAAGUUCUUGAAAACUCAUACGUUCUCGCACUUGACACGGAACAUGUUGCAAUCACGAGCGAGAGAGACCGUGUUCUCCACCAAGUUGGACUCAAGUUCACCAAGACGCUAAAGUCUAGACAUCCUCCAUGCUCGGCGUGGGAACAUGGAAUGAUAAGACCAAAGCGACGCCUUCGUCAUUUCUUCGAAGAUAACAAUAUGGAAGGGCUCACUUUGAAUAUCAACACGAGUAAGGAGCUGGGAGAUGAAGUUCUUCGCGUCGGUGGUUUCAGAGGCAUGCCUAUUCGUCGCCCCCAUCGCUUUGGCGUGGAAAAGACUGUAGACAUUGAGGAUUUGGAGGCUUCUGUUGUGGAGUUCCUCCAGGAUCUACCUGAAGACAAGAAGCUCGUGCUCAUCGGGUUCGGAAUGGGAGCGGAGUGGACUUACCUAUCGGCAAACUUCCCAGCUGCCAUACCCUUCUUCUCAGCCUGGAUAGAUCUUCGCGACAUCGUGAUGGACAUCACCCCCUCACCGCGUCCAUAUCUUCCAAAUCUGCUAUUUUUAAUACAGACCUUUGGCUACUGGCGGAAAGAUGUCAAGCCCGGGAGGAGAUGCCACAGCGAUGGCAACGCUGACAAUGCUGGCGACGAUGUCGUGACAACUCUAGCUUUAGCACAUGCCCUUCUUGACGAGAGGAACCAUGCAAUGCUCCGAUUCGAACAUGCAUGUUUCAGAAUAGCACGUUCGGGCAGAGUCAGGCCUUUCUAUGAUCCAACCAAAGGCUUCAUUGCAACCGUCAGAACCGAAGGACAACUCCCGAUCAAAAUUUCCUCGAGUAUCAGGCUUGCGCAGCGAUUCUUCGACUUCCACCCGGUAGGCACUGGACUGAUGUCAAGUGAGGUGGGAUUUGCCACUUUUCGGAGCCAAGAGGAGCUCGAUUAUUUCAUCAGCUGUGUGGAUGGGAUGGUGUUGCGGACUGGCGAGACCCUCUCAGCUCAACGCUAUAUCCAUGUCAACCCAAAGACGCCAGAGGACGAGAAGUUGAAAGAAGAGAAGCGUAUACUCAGGAGGAUAAAGAGGGAAGCAGACGAUGAAGAAGUUGUGGAGUUGGAGGAUCUUUUCUCCUGA